UUGAGUUUUGUCGAUAACUUUUCUAAUAUAGCUUAUGUUAGUACAAAUUACCUAAAUUUUUACUACUUUUAGUACAUAUAUGAUGUUUAAAUAGAGAAUAUUUAACAAGUCAAGACUGGAGGAGCCUGUGGGGAUGGAUCAACGCACCAAAGCUGGUUAUGAAGAGUCUGAAUUUGUUGACAAAAUGGAGGUGAAGCAGAAGUAUGGCAAUGUGGACGUGAAUCAUACUGCUAUUGCAGGGAUUAAAGCUGAAAAGAUGAAGACUGUAGCUGCCCGGCAGGCUUCUCCAUUAGCUUGUGUCAAGUUCUGGGUGGUUGUACUCUCAACCAUGUUACUUAUUCUUUGGGUCUGCGCAAUUCAGUUGGCAACUCUGGAUGACAAAAUCAUGGUGCCAAAAUCCGCAUUCUAUUUUCCAUAUUCUUUCCCAUCCCAAAGGGUUUAUAAAAGCAAUGGAUAUCUAAUCAUUUCACCCAAUGGAGGAUUGAAUCAGAAGCGACUUGGGAUUUGUGAUAUGGUUGUCAUUGCAAGAUAUCUGAAUGUCACACUUAUCCUUCCUAAAUUUGCUCAUGGCUCGUAUUGGAAUGAUACCAGUACAUUUGCAGAUAUCUUUGAUGUGAACAAUUUCAUUACAUCUCUGAGAGAUGAGGUUCGAAUACUGAGGGAGCUACCUCCGGAGCAGAAGAGAAAAGCAGAGUCUGAACCACUUUAUUAUAUGUUUCCUAUGAGUUUUGCUAGCUUAGAAUAUUAUUACGGAAGGGUUCUUCCUCGCAUACAGAAGCAUGAAAUUUUGCUAUUCGCUCAAACUGAUGCUAGGCUUGCCAACAAUGGGCUACCGGAUGAACUCCAGAAACUGCGGUGUCGAGUAAACUACAAAGCAUUGAAGUUUACACAACCGAUUGAGGAAACAGGCAGGAAACUUGUUACACUUUUAAGACAGAAUGGUCCUUUCUUGGUUCUUCAUCUCAGGUAUGAGAAGGAUGUAUUGGCAUUCACAGGUUGCGUCGAAGGUUUAACGAAAGAAGAGGCUGCAGCGGUGAAAGAAAUGAGAUAUUCCCAUGAUGGGUGGUGGCACAAACCGAUUGAUUCCAAGAAGAAAAGAGAACGUGGAUCAUGCCCUUUGACUCCAGAGGAAACAGCUCUAGUAUUCCAGGCAUUAGGCAUUGAUAGGAAUACCACAAUUUAUAUUGCAUCCGGAGAAAUAUACCAGGAAGAGAAGAGAAUGGCAGACCUGGCAUCAGCUUAUCCAAAUCUGGUUAGGAAACAGACCAUAUUAAAGCCAGAAGAGCUCAAGCCCUUCCUGAAUCAUGCAGAUCAGAUGGCAGCGCUGGAUUAUAUUGUUGCAAUAGAAAGUGACAUUUUCGUUCCUACUUUUGUUGGGAACAUGGCGAAAGCUGUUGAAGGCCAUCGCCGAUACUUGGGAUUUAAGACCACAAUUUCUCAAGACAGGAAGCUUCUGGUUAGUCUGAUUGAUCAGUACAAGAAUGGGACGCUGAACUGGGACGAGUUUUCCCUGUUAGUGAAAAAAACUCAUGAAGGGCGAACGGGGAAACCAGGGAGGCGAAUGGAGAUUCCCGAACAUCCUAGACAGGAAGAUUACUUCUAUUCGAAUCCACAGGAAUGCUUGCCACCAGUUGCUCAACCUUCAACUAUUACUUGACACAUGAAAAUAUAUUUAAAUAUAUAUAUAUAUUUACAACUUUAAUUUGCUUGUUACUGUCAACUUUAGUAGAUGAUAAAAGAAAACAAUAUACACGUUCAAUUUCCCAAAUUUUUAUCUUUAUUU